CAGACGCUUCGUGUCUAUCCAAAGCUAUUGCCUUUUCUCGGUCGAGCUUUUGACUAAAUCGCAUUUAUGGAGAGAUAAGUAAUCUUUACUGAAACAUAGUUUUCUUCGCUUCAGUGCAUGUGUGUGAGGUGAUAAUUUGGAAGUAAUGAAGAAUUGCUUGGAAACGUAUCCUAUCGAGGGAAAACCUGGCGGUUGUGUAAAUAGCGCGUAGUGGUAACUGCGCGUAUGUUAUGCGCAUUCGCGGACAGAUGAGCGCGGGAUCGUGAUACCCAGACGCGAGGGGACUGUAGCACGGGUGCUUACAUGAAGUAACGUUUAAUGGAGUUUAUAUGAAGUGUCGGGUAUCGUGAAAUUAACGUUUUUCACGCAUUCAUUGUUGUACGUAUAAUAAGUGCUUGGUCCCAAAGGGGGCCGCAUAAUGGACGGUGCCAAUGUGAAUGGCGGGAACGCCGAUGAGGCGCGCGAGAAUCCUAACCUAGAAAGUGGUAGUAUGCCGGAAUUACAGGAGGCACAAGAAACUGUAGAAACAACUAUUCAAAUGGACGGUCAGGAACUUAAUGGCGAUAUAAAAGGCUCAUCAAAAAAGAGUCCAACACCAAUCGUUAGAAGAAAGCUGCGCAAGUUCAAAGCCAAUUCAACUAGUACCAUUGAAAGUGAUACAACAUUAGAUACAAAAGGACGCAAGCGUAAGCUUUCGGAACCUGAUGAUGUUAGCUCCGAGGAUUCUAUGGAAUUCAAUGGAUUUGAUGCACAAGGGGCUAAUGAUAUCGAACCAGGAAGUCAUGUCUUAAGAAAACUAAUUGCCGAAGCUGAGGUAGCAGAAGCUCAAUUGGCAAAACGGUUAAGAUAUAGUAUAAAGAAAGAUUAUGAUGGGAGGAAAGAUGAUGAACAGGAUUCAGAUGACUACAAAAUACAUCAUUAUGAUGAAGGACGUAUGGUAGAUAUGAAAAAGAUAAAAAGGGAAAAAGAAUCUGAUAGAUCAGAAACAGAUUCAGUCGGAAUACCAAAUACUAUGGAGUUAGAACUAGAAGUACAAAAAGCAGAUGAAAUUUCAAUGAAAUCAACAAAUUCAUCUGCAGCUAGUAGUCCAGCUACAUCUCAAAAAUCUAGAAGUAGUCGUAUGUCUCGUGGGGUUAGUCCACCAUCAAGUACUGGGAAACAGAAAGCAGCUGUUGAUAUGUCGAAUCCUGCGUUCAAAGAACCUUUUAGAUAUGGUUGGAAGCGAGAAUUAGUAUUUAGAGCAAGUACUGAUUCAACCCUUAAAAGAAUGGCUGAUAUUUAUUACUAUACACCAAAGGGCAAGAAAGUUAGAAGUUUUAGAGAAGUUGCAGAAUUUCUUCAUACAAAGGAGUUGACUAUUGAUAAUUUUACAUUUUUCAAAGAACCAAUUGGUAUGGAUGAUCCUGAGAAGGAAAUUAUUCGAGAUGCGAAAAAAAUGAGAGGAUCUACUUCAAGAAAAAGUUAUGCGUAUAAAAAAAGUACACCUGGAAGAAGAACCGUGGGAGAAUCACCUGCUCCAGUGCCUGUACCUGUGCCUACAAAAGUUGCUUCUAAAUCGCCGAAAGCUGCAACCCCGGGAUUUAAAGUUAAAGUGCCUGCAAAGAGAACUCCACAAAUAACAGAAAUAAAGCCACCUGUUGAAGAAAGUGAGAUGCUUCCGCCACAACGGACCACAAGCACAAGAAGAAGUCAACCAUUGAUAGAAAAACCACUACCACCUCCUAAACCUAAAAGAAAAAUUACGCCCAAAGUUCAAGAACCAUGCAGUAUAAGGUGCUCAACGAGUAUGGGGUUGAUACCAAGCUUACAAUGUAGUGUGUGUCUCUGUUUAUAUCAUCCUGAAUGUGUUGAUGGUUUGGAAUUAACGGGGACUGACAAUUAUAUUUGCAAGAAUUGUCAGCAGGAUACUAGUGAAUCUCAGCAACCUCAAACAAAUCCAUCUUUGACACCUCCUCCAUUAAUACCAAUUAGUAUGCUAGGCGCGCAAGGUGCAAAAUCAAAACAUCAAGUAAAUUUAACUCCACCAAAACUUCAAAGAAUUCCAAAAUCUGAUAAUACAGAUUCACAACCUCGAAAUGUUGCUAAAGUUUCAAAAACACCGUCAGCAACGUCAUAUCCGUCUUCGAAUUCUGAUAAGAAAGAAAGCAAUUGGUAUGCUCAAGCAGAAAAUGAAUUUUUGCAAAGUCAUGAUGGAAUGUUACCGAAACCACCACAAAAUAUUGCUCUAAUGGGAGGUAAAAGAUACAUUGUUGUGCCAAAAAAUAACGCUAUGGCUGUGCAACCAGCUAUAACAGUAAAGCCUGAUAAAAUUGGUGAUAAGCCACCUAUACUUCAGGAUGGUUCACUUACCGAUAUAUCAAACACUGUGGACAAUUCCAUAAAUACAAAAUCUCGUAUUCCUUUAUCAAUGAAAUCUUUGGGAAAAGAUGCUAUCGAUGAAUCAACUGAUAAAUAUACAUUGAAAGAUGAAAUACACGCAGAACGUACUGUAUACCCUCCUGAGGAAGUAACAGAAGAAACGUGUAAUAACAGCAAUAGAACAGAUACAUUGAUUGCUAAUAGGUCAGAAAAUGAUUCGUCCAAUUUAAGGACAGAUCUUUCACUAGAAAGCACGAGAUCAAUAACAAGUAACAAAUCACCUGAACGGAUAGCUGUAAUAAAUCAUUCAAACACAACUAGUACAAAUAAUGAUCUACUUAAAGUAGAUUCACGUCAAUGUGUGACGAGUAGUUUGGGUGCUAUUAAAAUAAGUAGCAAAAGGAAACAACAUCAACAGGAAACAGAACAACAACAACAUUUUAUGAAUUCAGUCUGUGCUGGUUACCAUGCUUUGCUACGUAUUUUCCAAUAUCUUAAGGUUCAAGAAUUGCUUCGAGCGGCUAGAGUAUGUAAAAUGUGGCGGGACUUGGCUGCGCAUCCUUCUUUGUGGAAGACCGUGCGAAUGAAAAAUAGUCAGGUUACAGAUUGGGAUGGUUUAGCAGAUACAUUGCAAAGACGCGGUACUCAACACUUAGAUCUCCGAAAAAUGCUUGUAGCGGGUGAAUCUGAUAGCAUUUGGAAAAAGUUCUUGUUGGUGAUACCACGUGUAACUAGUCUCGUUAAACUAGAGUUAUGUAGAUGUCCCGUGAUGGUAGUUGAGGAAGUCAUUAAGAACUGUCCUCAGUUAGAAGUACUGAGUGCAAUGACGAUAAAAUGCGAUUCCUUGAAUUUGGAAUCAGUUGGAAAUUUUAAACGUUGUCAAGAAUUGAGGCUUAAGGCAAUAAGUGGAAUGUCCCUACAAGAAGAUCUCACGCCUUUACAAGAAUUAGUACAGUUAACACAACUCAGUUUAACAUCGGUUAAGGACCUUGGAAAGAAGAGAAUCGAUAUUAUACAAACAUUAAUAAAUUUGGAGGCACUAGAAUUGGGAGAGUGUUCUGAUUUUCCAGAUAAAUUUGGUACUACAGUUUUAAUAAAAUUACAAAAAUUAGAACGAGUUAGGCUUGAAAAGGGACAAGGUUCGUGUUGCACAUUCGAUAUAUUGGACGGUGUAUCUAAAUUGCAAAAUUUGAGUCAAAUGGAAUUAGUAAAUUUUGAUGUGAAAAAUGGCUUUGAUAAAUGUCUUGCAAAUUGUAAGAAUAUUAAAAGGCUGUUAAUUAUACCAACUUACAUAUCCCAAUCGGCAACGUCCAACAAUAUGGUGCUUGGCGGCGUUACUGAAUUGUCAAAUAAUUUGACACAUUUCGUAUGGGGUGUUACACUCGAGUUACUUAGGGUUACCGAACUAUUUGUUGAUCAAUGUAACUUAAUGAAUAAACAAGUUACCGGUGAUUCGAUACCAGUUUUGAAACCAGUACCUUGUUUAAAAUUAAUCGAGGAUGUUGAGGAUGAAAAUGACAAUCAGAAAGGCGAUGAUAAACAACAACCAAACUUAACAAAUCCACAAGUGGAUAUAUUACCGUUGCCACAACUUCAAAAACUUUUACUAACUGCAUUGCCUAAAACGCGAGUUAAAAUAUUGAAGAUUCCUUUCCAUGCUACAUGGCGACAAAGCAUUUCAGAUACUGCUACGCAAUAGAAAAAAAAUGAAAUAAACUGUACAAAUACAUAUAUUACAAGGAAAGAAUAUUACCUGAUAUAAGAAAAUUAGAAAUUUUGUAAAUUUGACUCUACAAUGUCUGCACAACUUAUUCCAAUAAUUGUGAAUUGGAUGAAAAGUAAUUUAAUAUUUAUGUACUAUGUGUUUUAUAGUCUUCAAUUCCCCUUGAAUAAUGUAUCGAUACACUCUACAGUAAUCACAAAUAAUGUUUUCAUUAAAGCUUUUAAUGACAAAAACGGGACCAUAAGUAUAUUGCGAGGUGUUUUGUCUGCAAAACAAAAUUUCGUGAGAGGCUGGUAUUCUUGUAUUAAUUCGGUUGAUCCAUGAAGGGCUUAAAAUUUUUUUAGGCUGCAACACUUUUAAUAUAUGGUCCACAGAGAUUAUUUGGCGUGCUGUAACGUGUAUCUGCGUCAAGAGAAAUGUCUGAAUUUCAAAAAAGGUGUACAUGUUUAGAAUAAUUAUGGUAUGAAAUUAAGAUUUAUGAAAGUUUCGCGCACAUUAAUUAAAAGGGGAUUGAUAAAUGAACUAUACAAUUUUCGGUUUUUACAAAACGUGUAGAACUUGUAUAACAUCUUAUGAAAGAUGUUGAGUCAAGAUAGAUUGUACUUUUAAUUUCGUGACGUAUGCCAGAUUUCGAUGGAUUUCUAUUGAGGUAGCAGUGAAAAAGAAACGAAAUCAUGUGGUCUACAAGGCUCUAUAUAGAGAUUAGGCUGUAUAAAUAACGGUAUAUAUUACUGUAAUUGUAUGUGUAUCUUUAAUAUUUAAGAUAUGAGUUUUCCGCUGCAAAGAAAUUAUGGAGAAGUUUCUAAGUAAUAUUGUAGAAUGUGUAAUAUACUUACGAUUCUGCAUAAUUCGUAAUCAAAUAUUAUAUUAUAAAAACGUAGUGAUUUAUCUGUACUUCGUACAAAUUACGCAAUUACGAUAAAUUCCCUAACUAAGGUGUUUAAAUUCAUUUUCAAAUAUGAUAAUUAUUUUUUUCCUUCCUUCCUGUCAUUCAUUUUUCUAAUACUCUUUCUGCGGGUAGUAUAUUGAUACGAUGCAAAAUUAGAUUUUAUACUGCAAAUGAUAAUGAUACAGAAGAAUAUCACAAGUUUUAUGCGUAAAUGUAAUAUAUACAUGAAAUUUUUAAAUAAUAUAACGAAAAUUAUUUCACGGGUAAUAAUAUAUAAAUAGAUUUCUUCAGUUAAACGAUGUUAUCUAUUGUACGUAUUUGUUAUAUUUAUAUACGCUGUACUUUUUGCCCACUCUUAAAUUCGUUCUUUGUAAGAAUGUUAUACUAUUAGUUACCUUACUUUGCAGCGUGAAAAUUCAGCUAAUUGUUUUAUUAUAUAAUUUUUAGUUGUACACAAACUGUAUAAUUUAUAAACAUUAAGGGGGAUCUAUAGAUAUACUUUCCUAGUUAACAGGUUAAAUACAGAAAUGAAAAUAUUUUUUAUGUUAAG